AUGGUCCAGAAUUUUAAGAAUUUCAAGCCGUCGCUGACAUCUGGUUUGGUCACAAAUAGAAGCGAUAGGGAUAAACAUGGAGCUUCCAUCCAUCCAGUGUAUUUAUCUACCACGUUCAAAGUUGAUCUGGACAAUCCAGAAGCGCAGAACUUCGACUAUUCUAGAUCGGGCAAUCCGUCCCGUAGUCUACUGCAGCACCAGAUCGGUAAGCUAUACGAAGUGCCUGCGAGUCACGUGCUCGCUGUUGCUUCUGGCAUGACAGCAUUGGAUGUGAUCUUGAGGGGACUGGUUGUGUCGAGUACCACUCACGUUCCCACUAUCAUCGCGGGCGAUGAUUUGUACGGCGGUAGCAACCGAUUGUUGUCGUUUUUGAGUUCAAGGUCGCACGCGCGCACUGUGCACGUCGACACGGCCGACUUCGAGAGGUUCAGCACCGUGUUCGACUCCAUUGAUAAGGUAGACUGCGUGCUCCUUGAGACGCCAACCAACCCACUUUGCAAGGUGGUUGAUCUGCCUCGCAUCGUUUCUUUCAUCAAGAGCGCAUCUCCGGCUACUUGUGUUAUCGUUGACAACACUAUGAUGAGCGGGCUGAACUGCAAUCCGCUGAAACACCAGUGCGAUGUUGUGUAUGAGUCGGCCACCAAGUAUCUGAACGGACACCACGAUAUCAUGGGCGGUGUGAUCAUCACGAGGACGCCGGAGAUCGCUCAGGACAUCUACUAUGUGGUCAAUUCCACUGGUGGCGGUCUUUCACCACUGGAAUCGUGGCUCUUGAAUCGUGGUCUGCGUACCCUGAGCGUGCGUCUGUACCAACAGCAGUACAACGCCAUGAUCAUAGCACAAUGGCUCGAGGACAGCUGUGGUUUCAAAGCCACCGAGAAAAACAGCGCUCUAAAGACAAGAUACGUUGGGCUCAAAUCGAAUCCGCAGUUCGAACUGCACAGAUCCUUUAACAAAGGCCCAGGCGCCGUCCUAUCAUUCGAAACUGGCUCCUUGGAGCAUUCGCGCCGCAUCGUGGCGUCCAAGACUUUGCAAAUCUGGUCCGUGACAGUCUCCUUUGGUUGCGUCAACUCUCUGCUUUCCUUGCCUUGCAUGAUGUCGCACGCCUCCAUCGAUGCCGCCGUGAGAAAAGAACGCGAGUUCCCAGAGGACCUAAUCAGACUCUGCGUCGGUAUCGAGGACGUUUCUGACCUACAAAAAGACCUUCUCAACGCAAUGAUCGACGCAGACGUGAUAGAACUGCGGGAGAACGGCAAAUAUCUCUACAACAGGCUGAACGAUCACUUGGGGCUGAACACCAUAGCUGAAAAUGGACCCAAGGCUGGAAACAUCUAUGAGCAGUUUUACGGCAAUGACCUGAUCGAACAAGACAACAGAAUGAAUCACAGAGCACUUAAGCUAUAG